AUGGAUUUAGAAGCUAUUUAUCAAAAUAUUGAUCGCAGAGAUACUGAGAGCACAACUGGAGCUCAAACUCAGAGUCACAGCCGGGAUGAAGAAAAAGAUCUCAAGCACAGAGGAAGUAGACGUUUGGUGUUGAUCUCAGUGGGUCUCGGGCUCAUUUGUGUUCUUCUGCUGGUCUUCAUCAUACUGCUCAACAUCACCAUCACAGCAGAGAGAGACAUGACAAAGAGUUACAAGAACACAGUUGAAGAGUUCAAUCGAACCAUCAACAGCUUACAGUACAAACACACUGAUCUAACACAGAAGAACCUGGAGCUGGAGACCAAAGUAAAAGAUCUCACUGCUGAGAAAAACCAGUUACAGAGAGAUUUUGAUUCUUUGAAUAAGAAGAACCUGGUGCUGGAGACCCGAGUCAAAGAUCUCACUGCUGAGAAAAGCCAGUUACAGAGAGAUUUGGACUUUUUGAACAAGAAGGGCCUAGUUAAUUUGUUCAUGUCCACUGAGUUGAGCUGGUCUGACAGCAGACAGUACUGCAGGGAUCGUGGAGCUGAUCUGGUCAUUAUCAACACUGAAGAGAAGCAGAGGUUCAUAUCUUCAUUAGUCAGUGAGAGAGUGUGGAUUGGUUUGUCUGACACAGAGAACGAGGGCGUCAUGAAAUGGGUGGAUAAUUCACCACUGAAACAAGGGUUUUGGUUCAAAGAUCAGCCAAACAACUACAAUGGAAAUCAGGACUGUAUUGAACUGAAUUAUGAAAGAGAGAAGCCGGGAUGGUCACCACUGAACAGCUGGAAUGAUUUUUCAUGCUCUGUGAAGAAAAAGGGGAUUUGUGAGAAAUAGGGUUCAUCUCGUCUUUUGGUUUUGCUUUUAUUAUCUAAUAUAAUCAUUCUAAUUGUAAUCACAUAAGUUCUGAUUGAGAUCCCUGCCUUUGAAAUUUGUUAGAAGGAAAAUGUGAAAAUCAAAUUUUCUUAUUGUUAUAAUAAUCUUUGUUUCUCAUGAUGUGAAUUUGGUGAUCUAGGACACAAAACCUCUGAUGUGUUCAUGUUUUGCUGCAUCACAAGCAGCUCUAUAUUAAUAUGAUCUUAGUUCAACUGUUAUCAUGAUCUCAUGUGUUGAUCUUAAGUGUUGAGGAGACAAUCACAGUAAACUACAGAAGUCUAAAGUGUCCAGAUUACUCUUAAUCACCUUCUUACUCUUAUAUUGAGUGUAUGUGUCUUUUGAGUUGAACUGAUUUCUGUUUGAAUACAUUUUUUUAUUUCUAUCAUUACCAGAGUAAACUGUGCAUUUUUGUUUUCAUUUCACACAUCAUUAUUGUGUAUCUGCUUUAUUGCUCUGUUUCCUUCAGUCCAGCAGGGUGCAGCAGAGAGCA